GGUAGGGAAACCGGAAGCGGAAGGUUUGAACGCGUUGGGUGGGCUCCUGUGUGACCCGUAGCCAUGCGCGACUUGAAAGAGUCCGGGUCUCGCGCCACAGCGACCCCGUGCGGGUGUGUGAAGCCGGCUCUGGAGACAGGGAAUCUUUUAACUGAGCCAAUUGGUUACCUGGAAUCCUGUUUCUCAGCCAAGAAUGGUACUCCAAGGCAGCCAUCCAUUUGUAGCCAUUCACGGGCUUGUUUGAGGAUUAGAAAAAGCAUCUUUAAUAAUCCUGAACAUUCCUUGAUGGGCUUAGAACAGUUUUCUCAUGUUUGGAUUUUGUUUGUUUUUCACAAAAAUGGUCAUUUGAGCUGUAAGGCAAAAGUACAGCCUCCUAGGCUGAAUGGUGCAAAGACUGGCGUUUUCUCUACAAGGAGCCCACAUCGUCCCAAUGCAAUAGGACUGACCCUGGCCAAACUGGAAAGAGUAGAAGGUGGAGCUGUCUACCUUUCUGGAAUUGACAUGAUUCAUGGCACACCUGUACUAGACAUAAAGCCCUACAUAGCUGAUUAUGACUCACCGCAAAAUUUGAUUGAGUCUUCAGGGGACUUCACCUUACAGAAUAACCAACAUAAACUGAAAACCGUGUCCCAGUCUGAAGGCAAGACUGAUAACUGUGACUGGCAACAGCUCUCAGGGUACAAGGAAUCACAGCCCAGCCACUGCACUAGGGAGAAACUCAAAUGUCCUGAACAUAGAACUUCAGGGGAAAACAACGCGGAGUCUGAUGACGCAGCAAACACCCAGCAAAGCUCCCCUGAGCCGAGGGAGAUAGCAGCAGAGUUGGGUGAAGAAUCCGGUCCCAGGGUGGCACAAGAGCAAAGUGGCCCACAUAGCCAGGAGAAGAGCCCUUCAGAGGAGCAAGAAGAUGGCAGGCUGAAGAGAGGGGAAGAAGCAGUGGUCCCAGAAGGACACGGCCCAGAGAUGUCCCCCAAGGCUCCUUCUGGGGUGGCCGGUGCAGCCCACUGCAGUGUGGUCCCUGCCUGGGUGAGAGAGGCCCCUGUGGCCAACCUGGAAGUCCGGUUUACUCCUCACGCAGAGAUGGACCUUGAGCACCUCAGCUCAGGUGAACCAGGUGUUGGUCAGGCUUCAUUUAAAUACUUUCAGUCAGCGGAGGAAGCAAGGCAUGCCAUCGAGGCUGUGCUGUCAGCUGAUCCUCGGUCUGUAUAUCGACGGAAGCUCUGCCAAGAUCGUCUUUUUUACUUUACAGUAGACACAGCGCACGUCACAUGCUGGUUUGGUGAUGGUUUUGCAGAAGUCCUAAGGAUCAAGCCAGCUUCUGAGCCUGUUGAGAUGAGCAAGCCUGCGGAGUCCCCAGUGUCUUUGGGGUUGUGAGUAUCCUCCAUGGAGCCUGUAAGACAGCCUGAUUGACUUGGGUGUGGCUGUUGGGUUAUCAGUACAAGCUAAUGAUGUGCCUUCUUUGCAAAAGGAAGCAACAUGACACUUUGUGAUCUCUCACAUUUGGUGAUUUGGGUUGUUCACAAUAUUUAUUUGAAAAACAUGUGUUUUAAUAAACUAAGAGAUAUAGAAUUUGGAGAAAGCACCAUAUCAUGAUUGCUUUUGAUCAGUUAAUACUGAAGAAUCCAAAGGUGAUGCUAUGUCAGGGUUUUCUGAAAGAAGUCAGUUGUCCUUGGUACUUGGUAAAACUGGGCAGAAGUUAGAGGAUAUGUUCAACCAUUCAUGUUGGGUUUUUUUUGGUCUGAAAAAGCCCGAUCUCUCUAUUUUGUUCUAAAUCAAACUGAGUUAUGAUAUCUUGAGAAACUAACAAAUCAAAAUAAAGUUGUUAUAAAGAUCUUUAGAGA